AUGAGCGCAUCCACCGACCCCCAAGAUCCCAGCAACGAAAACACGCUCUUCGCCGCAAUCAAACACACGCGACAAGAAAUCGACGAAGCCCGCCGCCUCUACGACCAAAAGCUCACCCUCCUAACACCCCCAGACCAAGCCUGGAUCACACGCGUGAUCUCAGAAACCGAAAAUGCCGCCAACUCCAUCUCCAGACUCCUAGAACCCGCCCGCAUCGAGCGGGAAACCCGCGCGGGCAAGCUGAGCGUGGCAACCCGCUUGCGCUGGGCACUGGGCGAUGGACAGAGGGUGCGGGAUCAGUAUGCGCAUAUGAAUAUCUGUCACCAAUCUCUAGUCACGGCUAUAGCCUUUCUCCACAAUCGCGCGCCGAUCCCGGUUGUGAUUGGGUCGUGGGGUCAGCCAGCGCAUCCGCUGGAGGAGGAGCAGUGGCCAACCAGCGCGCCGCCGGCGUAUGACCUCAAUCAGGUUUUGACGUGGAGGGGGUCUAAGAGUUGGAGGCGGGUUCAGCCCCCGAAGAAGAAAGUCGUCGAGCUGGAGUAG